AUGAGAGGGGCGAACGCAAUAUUCCUUAUUUUAUUCUUCGGACAUCUAUCAGCCCUGCCCGACACCAUCCGAAUAGGUGGACUUUUCCACCCGGAAGAUGACAAGCAGGAGGUCGCGUUUCGGUACGCAGUGGAGCGAGUGAAUGCGGACAGGGCAGUGUUACCCAGAGCCAAGCUAUUGGCACAAGUAGAGACCAUCUCGCCACAAGACAGCUUCCAUGCUUCCAAACGAGUGUGUCACCUGCUACGAAGUGGCGUGGCGGCCAUCUUUGGCCCCCAGUCUGCGCCAGCUGCCGCCCACGUCCAGUCAAUAUGUGACACUAUGGAACUCCCACAUUUGGAAACCAGGUGGGAUUACCGCACCAGAAGAGAAUCAUGUUUGGUCAACCUUUAUCCACACCCAGCUGCACUGAGUCGAGCUUACGUAGAUUUAGUGAGAGCUUGGGGAUGGCGGUCGUUUACAAUAGUUUACGAGAACAGUGACGGCUUAGUUCGUCUUCAAGAGUUGCUCAAAGCUCACGGUCCGUCGGAACUGCCUGUUGCUGUGAGGCAACUGCCAGAUUCUCAUGAUUACAGGCCACUUUUGAAGCAGAUAAAGAAUUCAGCAGAGUCGCAUAUUGUAUUAGAUUGUGCCACAGAGAGGAUACGAGACGUACUUCAACAAGCACAGCAAAUAGGAAUGAUGUCUGACUAUCAUAGUUAUUUAAUAACGUCCCUGGACCUUCACAGCGUAGAUUUAGAAGAAUUCAAAUACGGUGGCACAAAUAUUACAGCUUUAAGAUUACUUGACCCUGAACGUGCUGAUGUCCAAAGAGUCGUAAGGGAUUGGGUUUACGAUGAAGCCCGAAAAGGACGUAAACUCCAAUUGGGACAUACGACGGCUAAGGAAAACAUGACCUUUAUAAAGACGGAAACGGCUCUAAUGUACGAUGCAGUACAUUUAUUCGCGAAGGCUCUGCACGAUCUUGAUACGUCACAACAAAUAGACGUGAGGCCUCUUUCCUGCGAGGCUGAAGACACGUGGCCACAUGGGUACAGUCUCAUCAAUUACAUGAAAAUCGUCGAAAUGAAAGGCUUAACGGGAGUGAUAAAGUUUGAUCAUCAAGGAUUCAGAAGCGAUUUCACUCUAGAUAUAAUUGAAUUAACGAGGGACGGACUGCAAAAGGCUGGAACUUGGAACUCUUCAGAAGGUGUAAAUUACACGAGAUCUUACGGCGAAAACCAAAAGCAGAUAGUGGAAAUACUUCAGAACAAGACGCUCAUCGUAACAACCAUUCUGAGCUCGCCAUAUUGUAUGAGGAGAGAGGCCAGCGAGAAGCUAACGGGCAACGCACAGUUCGAGGGUUACGCCAUUGAUCUAAUUCACGAGAUAUCUAAAAUUCUGGGCUUCAAUUAUACAUUCAAGCUGGCGCCUGACGGUCGAUACGGGUCCUACAACCGUGAGACUAAAGAGUGGGACGGCAUGAUAAGGGAAUUGUUGGAGCAGCGAGCCGACCUCGCCAUCGCUGAUCUAACCAUUACAUACGACAGGGAGCAAGUGGUUGACUUCACAAUGCCGUUCAUGAAUCUCGGCAUUUCCGUGCUUUACCGCAAGCCCAUUAAGCAACCGCCGAACUUGUUCUCGUUCCUAUCACCGCUCUCCCUCGACGUGUGGAUUUAUAUGGCCACCGCAUAUCUCGGCGUAUCCGUUCUGCUCUUUAUAUUGGCAAGGUUCACUCCAUACGAAUGGCAUCCAACGCACACUCCUGAUGGUGAGAAAAUGGAAAAUAUUUUCUCUCUAGCAAACUGUUUAUGGUUUGCCAUCGGAUCUCUUAUGCAGCAAAGUUGUGAUUUUUUGCCCAAAGCGGUAUCGACCCGCAUGGUGGCGGGAAUGUGGUGGUUCUUCACUCUGAUCAUGAUAUCCUCGUACACCGCCAACCUUGCCGCGUUCCUCACUGUAGAGCGAAUGGACUCACCAAUUGAGAGUGCUGAAGAUCUCGCCAAACAGACCAAGAUUAAGUACGGCGCACUAAAGGGAGGCUCCACUGCUGCAUUUUUCAGGGACUCAAACUUCUCCACAUACCAACGAAUGUGGUCUUUCAUGGAAUCUGCUCGACCGUCGGUAUUUGCGACCAGUAACAAGGAGGGAGAAGAGAGAGUGGUUCGAGGAAAAGGGGCGUAUGCUUACCUUAUGGAGUCAACCACUAUUGAGUAUGUCGUGGAAAGGAACUGUGACCUCACGCAAGUGGGGGGUAUGCUGGACUCAAAGGGAUACGGGAUCGCCAUGCCACCAAACUCGCCAUACCGUACGGCCAUAAGCGGGGCUGUUCUCAAACUGCAGGAGGAAGGAAAAUUGCACAUUCUGAAAACAAAAUGGUGGAAAGAGAAACGUGGCGGAGGGUCUUGUAGGGACGAGACAUCGAAAUCGUCAUCAACAGCGAACGAGCUAGGGUUGGCAAACGUCGGCGGAGUGUUCGUCGUACUAAUGGGUGGGAUGGGCGUCGCGUGCGUCAUCGCCGUCUGCGAAUUCGUCUGGAAGUCGCGCAAAGUUGCCGUUGACGAACGAAUGUCUCGUGUACAGGCAUCACUAUGUUCGGAGAUGGCAUCGGAGCUGCGGUCGGCGCUGAAGUGCCCGGGCGGCGGCGCUGGCAGCGGCGGCGGCGGGCCGGGCGGGGCUCGUGACGGCGCGGGCUCGCCCUACCUGCACUACGGGUUCAGUACCAAGAGUCAGCUGCACUAG